AUGAGAUUGAUAGCUAUCAUUUACCACGUGUUGCUUGUAGGGACCAUUACAGCGUUCCGACAGCGUAGCUUCGUUGGAGACCCGAUUUGUACUUCCGGAAACCGCGGAUUCGCUCUAUAUGGGAACCUUCGUGAAUGCAGGAAGCUCAAGAGGCCACAUGCCGGUCGAAAAGCAUUACUGAGAGCGCUUACAACACAAGUACUUAGACAUGGGCGGAUUAUAACGACACUCAACAAGGCCAGACAGACUAAACCACGUGUUGAAAGGAUCAUCAAAUACUCCAAAAAGAGCAAUGUACGAUAUGCUAGGUUACUCAUCAACCGAUGGCUAUACGAUCGAGAGCUUACUGAAAACAUCCUUAAACUUGCACCGAUUCGGUACAAGGAAAGACACGGUGGGUACUGUCGUAUUAAACGCCUGAGCUAUAGUACUGUGGGAGAUAAUUCUAAGCGGGCGAUUUUGGAACUACUGGACUACUAG